CAUAUGUGUACGCUUUGGGAAACUGUUGAGGAGUGUUGGGAUCAAGACGCAGAAGCACGCCUCUCGGCUGGUUGUGUAACAAAGCGGCUGACAACGCUCGCCCAACAAGCUCAUGUCGAUCUGGAUUUUGCCGGUACUCCAGUGGUAGCAUCUCGAGCCGAUUUGACUUGUCCAUCGCGCGACGAAGAUCGCACGCACUCGACACCAAAUCACAGUGAGGUCUUGGGACCGGAAUGUUCUGGUCCGGUUCCGAUGACCGAUUUGGAUUUAGACGCCGACGAUGUGAUUGAAGAGGGAGUGAUCGCAAACAAAACAGAUGAUAAUCCCUCAGUUGGACACUUACGAGAUGAGGCUUUGCGUCGCAAACGUCGCCUAAUGCAGCUGCGACAACGAAAUGCAAGGAAGGCUAAUGGGACCGCAGAGGACUCAGAUGAUAAUCACGAUGUGGAAUCCGAAGAACUGCCUUUGCCAAAGCCUAUUUUUCGAAACUACAAGCCACAAUCGGAAAAUUUGAAAGACGGCGAACUUCCCAGUGCCCCCAUGGUUGAUCUUACAACGUUAGUCACUGAACAGCUCGAAGCGGCUACCGCACCCGUUGUCGUAGAGGAAGUGAAUUUGAUGAACUUGGCCCCUCGCAAACCCGAUUGGGAUUUGAAACGUGGUGUGGAGAAGAAAUUGCAAAAACUGGAACGACGCACUCAACGCGCUAUUGCCGAACUGAUUCGUGAGAGAUUACGCGAAACGAAAACCGAUUUGGCAACUGCAGUCAGUCAACUGCCUGGUCCUUUCAAUUAA